GUAGCAGAUUACUGACAGCGCGGUGACUGUGAAGGCUAAGCAGCAGGAGCGUGAGUAGACUGAUGGGGGAGUCGCAGCCACACAGCAGACUCCAGGCAACGUCCAUCGAGGCGUGCCGCUGACCGUUGUGCUUGCUCCUCGUAGCCCUGGACUAGCUGAGACCGGCAGAUGUAGCAUAGAUUUGUGAGGCAUGGCUGCUCCUUUUGGUGCAUCCCAAUAAAAAGUGCGAGAGGUUAGUGAUGAGUAGAUUUGAGCUUGCAUGCCUGGCGCUCAUUUCCCCUGAAGACCUAAGUCUGCAUCAGAAAUCGUCAAGGCUUAGACGAAGUGAGUACAGUGGGUCGUGCAACUCCUGCUGUUGCUCUUUGCUCAACCAGAUAGACGGUCUGCCUGCAGGUGCCUCGGCUGGCGCCAUGAGUAUCGUCCAAGAGCCGAAGCCAUUGGACAGCGAUCGAUCGCGGCUUCCGAGACCGGAAGUUCGGGCCUCCAAUGAGGGCGUUUGGAGGAAGGCUGCUUCUCGAAAGUCCGAGGGGCGUUCACCCCGGCAGGUGAGAGAGGAUGCGAGGAAUAGGGCUCAGCGAAGCAGCACAGUCCAGCCAUCGUUUCGAGCUAUCAACGGCAGUGAAUUUGCGGGCCGUGGCCCCGCUACUGCUGGAUUUGGAGCCAGCAUGCAUGCUACGGGUAGAGAGUUGUCAGGUCCGAGUCUGAAGGAUCGUCUCGGUCUGACUGAACAGUCUGGGAAGGAGGAAGGGGGGCGUGUUGUCGAUAAGGGUUGGCGGUAGGUAGCCACCUCCUCAGAGUCAGGCACCAAGCAGCUGUCAGCUGUCACAGCUGAUACUUGGCGUGGGGAAUGCCGCUUCCAUGGAUUCAUAGAUCACUCUCUUUUCCGAUUGACCUCUGGCCACAUAUGGCGGCUUGUGGUAUAAGUGCUUAGCAAUACGGGUUCCUUGGAUACGGCAGCGUGCCAGCGUCUCUCUGC